UGUGUAUAGAGAUGAUCAGACUAGAGAUCCUUCUCAAGCAGUGAAUGAUGAACUACAGAGAGUCAAACAGCAGCACAAAACCAGCAUGAAGAACAAGUAUGAGAGAUUAUGUGAGGGACUGAAACUCCAGGAGAAUGAAAGCCUCCUGAACAGCAUCUACACACAGCUCUACAUCAUAGAGGGAGAGAGAGAAGGAGUGAAUGAAGAACAUGAGGUUUUACAGAUGGAGAAAACAGCCAGAACACAACACUCACAAGACGCUCCAAUCUACUGCAAUGACAUCUUUAAAACCUCCGCUGAAGCAGGAUCUGAGGAGAAAGAGCAGAUCAAGACUGUUCUUACUAAAGGCAUCGCUGGAAUCGGAAAAACCGUCUCUGUGCAGAAGUUCAUUCUGGACUGGGCCGAGGGAAAAGCCAAUCAGGAUGUAGAUUUCAUGUUUGUGCUUCCAUUUCGAGAGCUGAACUUGAUCCGAGGUCAUCAGUACAGUCUUCACAGACUUCUGCUGGACUUUCAUCCUGAACUUCAAGAUCUGGACUCACAGAUUUAUGAGGAGUGUAACGUUGUGUUCAUCUUUGAUGGUCUGGAUGAAAGCAGAAUCACACUGAUGUUUUCAGAUGCUCAGAAAGUUUGUGAUGUGACUGAGACUUCAUCAGUGGCUGUGUUGAUGUCAAAGCUCAUGAAAGGAGAGCUGCUUCCCUCUGCUCUCAUCUGGAUCACCUCCAGACCAGCAGCAGCCAAUCAGAUCCCCUCCGAAUACAUCCACCGUCUGACAGAAAUUCAGGGAUUCACUGAGCCUCAGAAGGAGGAAUAUUUCAGGAAGAGAAUCAGUGAUGAGCAUCAAGCCAGCAGAAUCAUCUCACACAUCAGAAGAGCAAGAAGCCUCCACAUCAUGUGCCACAUCCCCGUCUUCUGCUGGAUCUCAUCCACUGUGCUUCAGAAGCUCCUGGAAGAAGAUCUGAGUGCAGAAAUCCCUCAAACUCUGACUGAAAUGUACAUCCACUUCCUGCUGAUUCAGAUCAACAUGAGGAAGCAGAAGUAUGAAGAGAGAGAUCCAGAGAAACUCCUGCCGUCCAACAGAGAAGUGAUUGUGAAACUUGCUGAAGUGGCUUUCAAACAGCUGAUGCAGGGCAAUGUGAUGUUCUAUGAGGAGGACCUGAUUGAGAGCAGCAUAGAUGUCACUGAUGCCUCAGUGUAUUCUGGAAUUUGCACUGAGAUCUUUAAGCAGGAAUCUGUGAUUCAUCAGAGGAAAGUCUACAGCUUCAUUCAUCUGAGCGUUCAGGAGUUUCUCGCUGCUUUCUAUCUGUUUUACUGCUAUUUAACAAAGAACAAGGAGCCACUGGAUGAAUUCAGAUUAUACAGAUCUGAUAAUGUCUCUCUGUAUGAUCUACUAAGAUCGGCAGUAGAUAAAGCUCUCGAGAGUAAGAAUGGACAUCUGGAUCUGUUCCUACGGUUCCUGCUGGGCGUCUCACUGGAGUCCAAUCAGAGACUGUUACAUGAUCUACUGACACACACAGAGAACAGCUCAGAGGCCAUCAGAGAAACCACGCAGUACAUUAAACACAAGAUCAAAGAUGAUCCUGAUGAUGAUGAUCUCUCAGCUGGUGAAUCCAUCAAUCUGUUCCUCUGUCUCCUGGAAGUGAAAGAUCAGACUCUGUUCAGAGAGAUUCAGGAGUUUGUGAAAUCAGACAAACACUCAAAGAAGAAACUCUCUCCUGCUCACUGCUCAACAAUCUCCUACAUGCUUCAGAUGUCAGAGGAGCCACUGGAUGAACUGGACCUCAUGAAAUACAACACAUCAGCUGAGGGGAUAAGAAGACUGAUACCAGCUGUGAUCAACUGCAGAAAAGCUUUGUGA